AUGAGUCUCUUCCAAAGGGGACUCGGUGCCCAAGCAUCGGCGUUUGCGACUCGUCCUCGCCCGAUCAACCCCAAUAUUCGAGCACCGCUACGACGGGUGCGCCAGCCGCGACGACACAAAUCCUCCGAUGCCCCGACGACGCCUGAGACACCUGCAGAGCGCAAGAUUGGCGGUGAUGGAGUGACCGCGAAUGCGCCUCCAAAGAAUACCCCGUCAAAUGCCCCGUCUCCGUCCCCAGCCCAGCCUGUGAAUACCGCCGCGGCAGUGACAGCCGCCGGCGCAGCGACGGCUCCGGGUGCUGCGAAUGCGGUGGUGAAGUCUAAAGGACUGCGCGAGAUUAUAAAGGCCGGUCCGCUGGGACAGCUGGGCAGGUGGUACUCGCGUGUGCAGGAGCGGAAGCCGUAUGCGACGCAGUUCUACAGCUCUAUUGUUAUUUAUUUGUGUGGAGACUUGAGCGCACAGUUGAUGUUUCCGUCGGAGGCUCCUCAGCCUGCAAAGUCCGCGGAUAAUGAUGCUAAGGCAUUGGAGGGUGAGGAUGAGAAGGAGGUUAGUCGUGGGGGUGGAUAUGAUCCGUGGCGGACGGUGCGACACUUGAUUGUGGGCGCUGGAUCAAGUAUCCCGUCAUAUAACUGGUUCAUGUUCCUCCACAAUCACUUUAACUACUCCUCCAAAAUCCUCUCUGUCCUGACAAAAGUCGUUGUUCAACAAAUCUGCUUCACUCCCGUCUUCAACACCUACUUCUUCAGCGUGCACUCCCUCCUCGCGGGUGCCUCUCUCGAGGAAACAUGGGAGCGCCUCAAGAAGGCUCUCCCCGUCAGCGUGACCAAUAGCGUCAAGCUCUGGCCCGCCGUCACUGCCUUCAGCUUCAUGUACGUCCCGGCGCAGUUCCGGAACGUAUUCUCGGGUGUCAUUGCCGUUGGUUGGCAGACGUACUUGAGCUGGCUGAAUCAGAAGGCUGCUCGUGAGGUGCUGGCGGAAGAGAACAAGGCUUUGAAUGUACAAGUGAUGGCUGAGAGCUUGGCUCCUGCAACUGCUGCUGCGUAG